UGAAAUCUAUAAAUAAGCUGUACUGGAUCUAACUAGCUUAAUAGUGACCGUAAACGCAACUGUCCACAGGAACGUACCCAGCUCUUAACAAUGGAUGGUUCAGGAUUUGCAGGAAGUUGGGUGGAUGAUUAUCCCGCAGGACAAUGUAAAGGCUUCGAAAAGUUUAUUUCUGGAAUGGAGUUGAGUGACGAUGAGAUCAAGUUUUACAAAGGAUUUGUCGGAUCCCAGAUCACUACAGUAGACGACACAGAGUGGUCCUACACCUACAAAAUUGGAGACAAAGAGGUGACAAAUAAAUUUAAGAUUAACGUGCUGAAUGAAAAGGAUCGCGAUAUAGAAGGCAACGAAUUCGAGAUGUUCCCUGAAUUAUCUGACGAUGGCUUGAGAUUGGUUGAGAAUACGACAACCUGGAGGCCACAGGGAGUGUUUAAAACUAAAAUGGAAAGAAUUCUCACUCCAGACGGGCAAAACCAACACAUUGUGAUAACCAAUACAAAAACUGGAGAUGUUAUGGAGGGUGACAUGCACAGAGUAAAAGAUGUUCAAUGAAGAUGGAAUAACAUUAUGUGUUCCUUUUUACCGUCCGACCAGAGUGUGUUUCAAAGCAGCUA